UCCCCCCAACUCCCUAUCCACCACAACCGGAUUAUAUAUUCCCCCAAACCAAACAAACAAACAAAUACCGCCUCUUCCACACCUUCAGGAUUUUCCACUCAUGAAGACGCUUGCUACUUCUUGCUCCAAAACCUUCAUCCACAAGUAUGGCGAUGGAGGGUUUAAGGAUCUUUCUCUCAAUAGACAUGAAGUAUGCUUCUUGCCUCCCAAAAUGGCGCCCAAUCCCCGCCGCUUCUUUCACCUGGUUUCUGUGCAGCACAAGUCGUUUCAUCCGGUUCUUCCGUCUGCCUCUCUGCUGCCGGAAUCGGAGGCAUAGGUUUUUCUUUGUUUCUUCUUGAAACUCAAAAUUUGCCUUUUUCCAAAUCUUGGGUAUGAGGGUGGUUGCUGAGUUUGGUUUUUCAUUUUCCUUAAAACUUUCAUGUGGUUUCUUGGAAACCAAACAAAGCAUGCUAGUGUGGCUGUGAUUAGCUUUUGAUGGAUUAGGGAAUCUUGUUUUCUUUUUGUCUACUUCUAAACAAUUCAUAUGGAAUCCACUCAUGGGCUUUUACAACGUGGGUUCAGUUCUUGAAAAGGACAAAAAAAAAAAAAAUUGUUUGCAACUUAACAAUUUUAGCUUUUUGCUAAAUGGCAUGGUUCAAGGAAAAUCAAGGAGGUAAUUUUAUUGACAUUUUUAUGAAUCGGAGGUACUAACAGUUAGUAAUUGAUUGAUAUAUACUUGGUAUGAAUUUCUGCAUGCAGGUGAGCUUGGAGACAACAAGUGAACAUCAAGAAGAUUUCUCGAAGAAAGUUCAUGUCAAAUUCCAAUUGCAAAAAGAGUGCAAAUUUGGGGAGCGUUUCCUCAUGGUAGGGGAUGAUUCCAUGUUUGGCCUAUGGGAUCCUGAGAGUGGUAUUCCUAUGAAUUGGUCAGAGGGACAUGUCUGGAACGUUGAGUUGGAUAUACCUGUUGGAAAAUCAAUUAAUUUCAAGUUCAUUUUGAAAAGCAGCCGUGGAGAGAUUAUCUGGCAACCAGGCCAAGAUCGGAAUUUGACAACUUGGGAAUCUGAGAAUACUAUCAUUGUAUGUGAAGAUUGGGAAAAUGCUCAGUAUCAGAAAAUAAUGGAGGAAAAACCAUUGGUUGAACAACAUGAGGAAUCUACACUUCAUUCUGGGAUGGCGAUUGUUACAGAGAAAUUGACAACUCCUAGGAAAGAUAUGAUGUCUAACGAAGACCAGGGAUCAGAAGUUGUUGAUGACAAUAACUAUACAGCAAGGGCAUCACUGCAAGCAACAUACAAUGAAGUAGCUGCAGAUAAUGGUGUUCCUUCACCUGAGAAGUCUAUAGCUAUUGUUGCGGACAAUAUCAGUUAUCCUGAAGAAGAUUUCAUGGCAAAUAGGAACACUGAUGUGUUUGGUGACAAGGAUGAACCUGCACAUAUUUCAAACAACUCUGUCAUAGUGGCAGAGGAAAUUGUAGGAGACAAUGGCUUAGCUGUAACAUUCAAGAACCCCACACCUGCAAAUAUGGAGGGAAGUCUGAUUACCCAUGAGGGAGAUCCUGUUCUGGUACCUGGGUUGACAACUUCAUCAACAUUGUCGUCAUCUGAAGAAGGAAUUCAAAAUGAAGAUGAGAAGAAUAAUAUGACAGAUGCUUCCAUUAGAGUUGAUGAAGCUAAAAUUCACAGUAUGCCGGAGGUAAUUGCUUGACGAGUGUGAUGCAUUGCUUUGUCCCUUUUUUUUUUUUUCAUCUUUUUCCUUUCUUCCUGUUCUCUAGUGCUGCUACAAAGCAAGAAAUAAAACUUUAAAACCAUUAACCACUGUCUUCUCCAGUGUUAAGAUAUUUCAUACUUCUAGAAACAAUAUGGUCACAGCUUGUAUCUUUCUGAACGUUUGCUAAAAGAGAAGCUCUUUCUAAGAUGGGAUGGAAAAAAGUAGCAAGAGUGCUCUUUCUGUUCAUCAAUAUAAAAGUAUGAAUAUCAA